GCAACGGAGGACUGGGUGCCUGGCUGGCUAGAUGAACAUCAGGACCACGGACAGCUCACUGCAGAGUGCUCACCAGACGGAACCGAGCCCAGGGAAGGCUGCCAAAGAACAGGUGCCUGGCUGGCUGGAUAGACUAGCAGCAGGACCAUGAAAAGGUCAGCGUGAGCAGGCUGAGACUGGGGGACUGAGCACAGAACCUGGCCAGACCAGAUGAGGGUACUGAGAUGUGCCUUGCUGGUCUUGUUGCAGACAGUCCAUGGAGAGCUGCUGAAAGGACACUAGCAGAUGGUACCUAGAUGGGCCCCGGCUGGGUGUUGAAGAAGGCAGUGCCUCUGGGAAGAAGCCUAAGAGCUACGGCUCCAUACUAGGGCCAAGAAAGAACUUGGGACUGUAUAUCUUGGAAGGGGGGACAGCAUAUACGGCUCAGCCAGUGGGCUGUUGCUGAAGAUCUGCUGAGAAAACCAUCAGCCAGCAGGUGCUCCCAAAAGGUCCCAAAAGGCCCGUUGUAAGACCAAAAAACAAAAGCAGGCUCACACCCAACCGCGCGGGGAGGGCGGGCAUCCAUGAAAGGUCAAGUUUGGAUGCCUUUUGAGUUCAUCUCCUCCUUUCCAGAAGAUAAAUUGUGAAAUUGAAUAAUGUGGACAAUCUUUCCCCUCUCUUUUUGUAUGUGACUUUGAGAAAAGAUUGGUAUGGUCUUAACAGCACAAGAUCAUCUCUAGAAAUUAGCUGCAACUAUGAGUUCAGAGGAGAAGGGUGUAUCUCCUGCUCACAAAACAUCCACUCCAUCACAUAAAAGUGCCUCCUCUUCAUUGUCAUCUCAGAGGGACAGUAAGCAGAGUGCUCAUGUAUUAGAGCGAAAUAUUUCUUUUGGAAGUGCAGACCCAUCUGUAAGCAAGCAGUUGCUCGAAACUGAGUCUGUCUCUCUAUCUAAGGAACCUGACAGCUGGGAAAUCAUAGAGGGGCUGAAAAUAGGCCAGACUAAUGUCCAGAAACCAGACAAACAUGAAGGUUUCAUAAUGAAGAAAAGAAAAUGGCCUUUAAAAGGCUGGCACAAGCGCUUUUUUGUCCUGGAUAAUGGAAUGUUGAAGUAUUCAAAGUCACCAAUUGAUAUUCAGAAAGGCAAAGUACAUGGAAGCAUUGAUGUUGGCUUAUCAGUUAUGUCAAUUAAAAAGAAAGCUCGUAGAAUAGACCUUGAUACAGAAGAGCAUAUCUACCACCUGAAAGUGAAGUCCCAGGAUUCAUUUGAUGCAUGGGUAUCAAAACUGCGCCACCACAGAUUGUACCGUCAGAAUGAGAUUGUAAGAUCACCAAGGGAUGCCAGCUUUCACAUAUUCCCAUCAGCCUCUACUACAGAGUCUUCACCAGCUGCUAAUGUUGCUGUGUUAGAUGGAAAGGUUCCACAAAAUAGCUUCCCAUGGCAACCCCCCAUACCAUGUAGUAAUAGCCUUCCUGCAACAUAUACUACUGGCCAAAGUAAAGUAGUAGCAUGGUUGCAGGAUUCUGAGGAGAUGGACAGAUGUGCAGAAGAUCUUGCACACUGCCAAUCAAACCUUGUGGAACUUAGUAAGCUUCUUCAAAAUUUAGAAAUUCUACAGAGGACUCAAUCAGCACCGAACUUCACAGACAUGCAGGCUAACUGUGUAGAUAUUUCAAAGAAAGACAAGCGGGUCACAAGACGAUGGAGAACAAAAAGUGUCAGCAAAGAUGCAAAAAUACAACUUCAGGAAGGGCCAGCGCUGAAGGGCCAGUUCAGCACAACACGACGCCGGCAGAGACUAGCAGCAGCUGUGGCUACAACAGUCCCUUUCAGUGCUACAAUGUCACCGGUUCGCCUGCACUCAUCCAACCCCAAUCUUUGUGUAGACAUCGAAUUUCAGACUCCCCCAAGCCAGGUAGCUGAUCCCUUGGAAUGCUCCAUGGAGUACAUCAAACUUCAAGAAGAGUUUUGCCUCAUGGCACAGAAAGUUCAUUCUCUUUUGAAGUCUGCCUUUAACAGCAUAGCUAUUGAGAAGGAGAAGCUUAAGCAGAUGGUUUCAGAACAGGACGUUACAGGCCACAAUUCACAAAUAACACGCCUCAGACAAUCACUUUCUCAGGCUCUCAACCAGAAUGCUGAACUAAGGAGUCGCUUGAACAGAAUACAUUCUGAGUCUGUUAUUUGUGAUCAGGUUGUCAGUGUAAAUAUUAUCCCUAGUCCCGAUGAGACUGGUGAACAAAUCCAUGUCAAUCUCCCAUUGUCUCAGCAAGUUUCUAAUGAGAGCAGGCUCUCUAUGUCCGAAUCUGUCUCUGAAUUCUUUGAUGCACAGGAAGUGCUUUUGUCGGCAAGCUCAUCAGAAAAUGAGGCUUCUGAUGAUGAAUCCUAUAUCAGUGAUGUGAGUGAUAACAUAUCUGAGGACAACACCAGUGUUGCAGACAACGUUUUCCGACAAAUUCUUAAUGGUGAGCUAGCAGGAGGUGCAUUCCGGAAUGGACGUCGGACUUGUCUCCCAGCUCCCUGUCCUGAUACCAGUAAUAUCAAUCUGUGGAAUAUUUUGAGAAAUAAUAUUGGCAAAGAUCUCUCCAAAGUCUCCAUGCCAGUUGAGCUAAAUGAACCUCUUAAUACUUUACAACACCUUUGUGAAGAACUGGAAUACAGUGAACUCCUGGACAAAGCUGCUGAAACUGAUGAUCCGUACGAACGCAUGGUUCUCAUAGCUGCCUUUGCAGCUUCAGGGUAUGCCUCCACUUACUACAGAGCAGGAAGCAAGCCAUUCAAUCCAGUGCUUGGUGAGACUUAUGAAUGUAUUAGGGAAGACAAAGGGUUCCGAUUUUUCUCAGAGCAGGUUAGCCACCAUCCACCCAUUUCUGCCUGUCACUGUGAAUCAAAGAAUUUUGUGUUUUGGCAAGAUAUCAGAUGGAAAAAUAAGUUCUGGGGGAAAUCAAUGGAAAUCCUGCCAAUUGGAACACUGAAUGUGACUUUUCCAAAGUAUGGAGAUUACUACGUGUGGAACAAAGUCACCACCUGCAUACACAACAUCCUUAGUGGAAGGAGAUGGAUAGAGCAUUAUGGAGAAAUAACGAUCAGAAACACAAAAAGCAGUGUUUGUAUUUGUAAGCUCACAUUUGUCAAGGUGAAUUAUUGGAAUUCAAAUGUAAAUGAAGUCCAAGGGGUUGUCAUGGACCAAGAAGGAAAGGUGGUCCAUCGCCUCUUUGGAAAGUGGCAUGAAGGGCUAUACUGUGGGGUUGCACCUUCAGCAAAAUGUAUAUGGAGGCCAGGCUCCAUGCCAACCCACUCUGAACGUUAUUAUGGCUUUACAAGGUUUGCUAUUGAACUCAAUGAGUUAGAUCCUGUAUUGAAAGAUAUUCUUCCAACAACAGAUGCACGAUUCAGGCCAGAUCAGAGACUUUUGGAAGAAGGAAAUGUAGAAGCAGCAGCCACAGAAAAGCAAAGAAUAGAGGAACUCCAGAGAAGUCGAAGGCGAAACAUGGAGGAGAACAACAUUGAAUACAAACCAAAAUUUUUUAAAAAAGUUAUCGAUGCCAAUCAAAGAGAGAGCUGGGUUUCUAAUGACACCUAUUGGGAACUGCGAAAGGAUCCUGGCUUUAGUAAAGUAGAAACCCCCAUACUCUGGUAAACUGAGAAUGUAGAUCUAGCAAACAUAUCACUCUCUGAAGAAAAAAUUAAUAACUAUGCACAAUAUGUUUCUUAUAGCUAAGUGUGGUUUGUGGGUCUACAGAAAACCUACCAUUCGCUUUUAUAUUCAUCUUUAUAAUGGACUUUCGAAAGUGCAUUAGACCAGGUCCUUGACCACUUUUGGAUCCUUUUUAUUUUGCAGCAGCCAUUUAAAAAUAACCUUUAAAGUUUCAUGUAUUAAAAAUGCAAAACAAAGGAAGCAGAUUCGUUAUCCAAAGUUGCUCGGAAGAGGUUGUAAUACACAAAACUGCAACUGGUGCUUAAAACAGACAUUGAGAGUAACAACUAACAAACAAAAUGAAAGAAAAAACAUUUUGUUUUAACUUAUUUUGUUAAAAACUCUUGUAUUACAACAGUCUAUCAUUUCCGGCUUGAGGCUAGUCCUUUAGUGUGAUGUGCUUGGACUGGCCUUGUCAAAAAGACAUAAUGCUUUUCUGGAAGCUGUUCCCAUUCAUAUGCCAUUGUUCAUGCCUUAAGCAAAACAUGAAGAUAUCCAAUAAGUCAUUUUAAAAUAUGUAUUCUUAGGCUUGUGUGAGCGGCAGAUUUUAUUCAUAUUCUGAAUAUUGGCGAUCAUGUAUUAUUAAAAAUAAAAUCCACCUAAAUGGAUGAGAAAGGAAAGUGACCUGCUGUACAUGCUUUAGCUUUGCGAAGCUGGUUGUGUAAUCAGACUCAAACAGGAAAACUAGCUAACUUUGUGACAGUUUUGGUAAAUGCAUCUGGGUUGCUAGUCAGAAAAUUCAUAUCCAACAUGCCUAAUGCUGUGAUAUAUUUAUCAUAUGUGCCAUUGAUUUGACAUGGCCUCACACUUUCUCACAUUUCCCCAUAACUGUUUAUACAAUUAGAAUUCCCCGUAGCUUUGCAACAGUGUUAGAAACACAGAAAGAUUUCACAGGAGGUUUUCUCUCCAGAAGUAGGAUAGCAAUAUAAACAUAACAGGCACUUUCUGUCAUGCACACCGUAUACUUUACUGGUCUGUUUGUCUGUGCCCACUCCCAACUUGAAUUUCUUAGAAGAAUUUGUUUGGGGGAGGAGUAGAGGCACUCACGCAUGCUGCGUUAAUGGCUUUUUGUAUUGUCAAAAUAGCUUUUAUGCAAAAUUAAUUUUUAGUUUUUCAUAAAGUGAUUUUGUAUUUUUGAUUAAGAAACAGGACUCUUAUAUGUUUUUAUGCCACAGUUAAAUGUCCAUGGAAGGAGGCUGGGCACUUUCUAUCUGAAAAAAAUGACU